AUGUGGUACUUAAUUAUUUUUGCUAUCGUAAAAGAGUGUUAUGCUGUUAUAGCCCAACUAAAUGAUCCGCCAAAUGAUCUCAUCGCCGUCAUUAAAGAAUACUCGGAAUACACAGAAAAACAUUACAAUCACUCUUAUAUAGAAAGAGGAGUGUGUAUAGCCACAAAAUGUAAGAAAUACAUAAAUAACACAAAUUCUAACAUUUUGAACCUAAAUGCAAACCUUGAGGCAUGCCUUAACCAAACUAUUUGGAAUAACUACGGCCUACAAGCAAAACUCACGCAUGUAUAUUAUUGCAACAAACAAGACGAAGAAGUAAAAUACGACUGGAGUGACUGGUUGUUUGGUGGAAUUUUGCUACUUUUAGUAUCUAUCAAUAUUAUAGGAAGCUUUUACGAUUUGAUGUUGGAAAAAUAUUAUCAAGACAAAAAAAGUGACAAAUAUAAUAACAAAAAUCCUUAUUUACUAUGUUUUUCUAUACCACGAAAUUGGGAAAGCUUGACAUCAAUCAAACUGGAAGAUCGUCGAGUUGAACGUCUCAAGGGAUUACAUGGAAUACGGGUUCUAACAAGCUUCUUAAUACCAUUAGCACAUGUGAUGUGGCUUAUCGGAACCGGCUUCACUGAUAAUCCGCAAGAUAUUGAAAAGGCCUCUGAAAGUACUCACUAUCAACUGAUAUUUAAUGGUCUGAUGAUAGUGCAGAUAUUUUUCGUGAUGUCUGGCUUUCUCAUGGUCUACAAUCUGGAAAUUUUAUCGGAAAUUGUACCAAUAAAGUGGUCAUUGCUGCCUAAUAUAUUUCUUAACAGAUUGUGGAGAUUGACGCCAGCGAAUUCUUUGAUAAUUUUAUUCACAGCCACUUGGCUCCGAUACCUAGGAUCCGGUCCACUAUGGAAACUUUAUGUUACGAGUGUAGUAUCAGGUUGUAGACAAUACUGGUGGGCGCAUAUUUUCUACAUCAAUAAUUAUUUUCCAGAAGACAAGGCUUGCGCUGUACACACAUGGCACCUAGCCGCUGAUAUGCAGCUUUUCUUUCUGGGAUCCAUUGUGUACAUAGCUACUAAAACAAAAGGAAGAUCUACGGUUAUAGCUCUUUUACUGCUGUUUAGUGUAGCAGCACCGGCACUGCAUGUUUGGUUUCAGGAUCUUGAUGCUCUCGUUAUAUUUAAACCUGAGUUUUAUCGAAGCUUCUCGAAUGACACGUACUGGUACCUUCACAUCUUGGGUCACAAUAAUCUUUCAUGCUUUAUCAUUGGAAUGGUCACCGGCUACUUUGCGUAUUAUUGCCAGAAGAAUCGAGUUGAAGUUUUUAAGCAUAAGAUCUGGCAAUAUCUCGCUUGGUGUGUGAUCCCUGGCAUAGCGGGACUCAUUUUGACAGGCAGUAUAUUCUAUACAGAGACACGGCUAUCGCUCGUGAUUAGAAUGGCAUAUGCAGCGAUACAUCGACCGAUUUUAGGUGUUAUCAUAGCCUUCAUUAUUCUUGGUUUAGUGUUAAGAAUUGAAAAUGUGCAGCUUCGUCUACUUGAAUGGGACGGUUGGGUGGUGCCGAGCAAAUUGUCCUACUGCGCCUAUCUGUUGCACUUGAAUAUAGUUCAUAUUCUACUCGGAGCCAGAACACAAUUGGGUCACGUUUCUUUCUUUUACGUGGUCAUAAACCAUCUGGGUAUUGUAUUUUUAUCGUACCUGGCAGCAAUACCGCUAUCUUUAAUGGUUGAAGUACCCUUUAACCGAUUGAAGACACUGUUUCAAGAUACCUCGAUGAUGAAGAAAAAAAAGCUGUGA